AUGGUUUGCGGACACAUCAGCGACAUUGCAAGGCUACAGCCUCCACGGAUUUCUCAGUCUGUGCACAGAGAGGAAUGUACGCAGUGCUUUGACAACCAGGACCACCCCUUGGGCAUUGAUGUAUGCUUGACAUGCUUCAACGGGGGAUGCCUUGGUCAAGACAGGCAUCAUGCACGAACGCACGCCGAGAAGACUGGCCACUCCUUCACGCUCAAUGUCAAGCGCAAGCUGAGGCCCUCUGCAAACCGUGCAGAUGAAGAAGAACCCCCAGCGAAGAUGAAGAAGCUCGCCAUUGUGGAGGAUCGCGAGGAGGACAAGUACGAGCACAAGACCGUUCUCAAAUGCUGGAAGUGCGAUCCUAUUAAUGGGCUUGAGAUACCUGACGCAAUGGCCGACCCGCAUGUCAAGUCAUUGAGCGAUGGUGUCAUGCAGUCUCUAUCAUCCGCCAGACAAUCCGAGGUCAAGGCUUGGGAGGAGGAGAUCACUCCUUGCGAGCAUACAUUGACUUUGCAGCAAGAGGCUACCGGGCCGAUCCUCGCAUCUGGACUGGCCCAUUGCUCCAAAUGUGACCUGAAGGAGAAUUUGUGGCUAUGCCUGACCUGUGGAUCGCUUGGCUGUGGUCGACAGCAGUUUGGUGGUCUCGGAGGUAAUGGCCAUGGUCUGCAACACUACGAAGAGACGAAACAUCCUGUCAGCGUCAAACUAGGUACCAUCACACCUGAGGGCAAUGCGGACAUCUACUGCUAUAUUUGCAAUGAUGCAAAGACCGAUCCAGAAAUGGCAUUACAUCUUGCGACGUUUGGCAUAAACGUCCAGACGCAGACUAAGACAGAGAAGUCCAUGACUGAAUUGCAAAUUGAACACAAUCUGAAGUUCGAUUUUUCACUCACUGAUGAAUCCGGCAAGGCUCUUGAGCCUGUGUUCGGGUCCGGGCUCACUGGUCUUUCUAACCUCGGCAAUAGCUGUUACAUGGCAUCUGUCGUGCAAACGUUAUUUUCGCUUCCAGCGUUCCAACAGCGGUACUACCCAUCUACCGCCCAGCAUUGGACCACCUGCACGGAGUCGCUCCCGGCCAACUGCGUCGACUGCCAGAUGCACAAACUCGCCGACGGUCUGCUUUCGGGGCGCUACUCUCACCCGCGGCCAGCUGCCGGAGGCCCGUCUGAGCCCAAAGCGACGAACCCUCUUGCGCAUGACUCACCCACACCUGUCUUCCAGGAGGGCGUGCGCCCGAGUGGAUUCAAGGCGCUCAUUGGGAAAGGCCACGAGGAGUUCAGCACGAUGCGGCAGCAGGACUCGGAGGAGUUCUUGACGCACCUGCUCACUGUCCUCCGGCGGCACGCGAAGAAGACGGGUGGUGAGCAGGGUGCGGAGCCGACUGAGGUGUUUGCGUUCGGGAUGGAGCAGCGUUUGGAAUGUGGCGAGUGCAAGCGGGUACGUUACCGCGUUGACGAGACGGACGUGGCGAGCGUGCCAGUGCCAGCGCGCGAGAAGGGGAAGGACACGGAAGGGAAGACCCUGUACGCGGACGUCGAGCUGUCUGAGUGCUUGGACAUCCUGACGGGGCCCGAGGCACUCGAGUACAAUUGCCCUGCGUGCCAGAAAAACGUGAUCGCGACGAAGCGAUCGCGAUUCGCGGCCUUCCCGCAGGUCCUCGUUGUGCAUGCGAAGAAGUUCCAGCUCGUGAAUUGGGUACCGGCGAAGCUCGAUAUUCCGUUGGCCGUUUCGGAUGAGAUGCAGCUCGAUAACUAUCUUGGGCGGGGACUGCAACCUGGGGAAGUCGAGCUACCCAACGAACAGCAAGCUUCCGCCCUUCCGCAGUUCAACGAAGCCGCGAUCGCCCAACUGGAGGGAAUGGGGUUCCCGACUGUGCGGUGUCAGAAAGCACUCCUUGCCACUGGUAACAACGACGCGGAGGCCGCCAUGGAAUGGCUCUUCCAGCACAUGGAAGAUCCCGACAUCGACGCCCCAAUCCAGGCUCCUGGGUCUGGAAGCUCUGCUCCCGAGCCGCCGCAGGAGCAAAUAAGCAUGUUGGCCGAGAUGGGCUUCACAUAUGCCCAGGCUCGCAAGGCCCUGCGGGAAACGGGCGGGAAUGCUGAACGAGCUGUAGAAUGGCUGUUUUCCCAUCCUGACGAUAAUGGCGAAGACGCACCGAGUGCCGCGGCGGAGGUGUCAAAGACAGCGAGUCUAGGCGCCUCGGCGGAGUUACCGGCAAAAUACAAGCUCAAGGCGUUCAUCUCUCACAAAGGCCCGUCAGUACACUCUGGGCACUACGUUGCGCACAUUCGGGUUAAAGACGAGAAGACAGGCGAGGACGCUUGGGUAUUGUUCAAUGAUGAGAAGGUCGUCAAGGCUGACGCCGAGAGUGUACGUGACUUGAAAAAGUUGGCGUACUUGUACGUGUACGAGCGUGUGUAG